UGCCACCCUCACACUGCAGCAGACGACGCCGCCUCACACCUCACACUACUGACACUCACACUCACCAAGUACCUUGUGGCUGUUAAUAUUGUGGUGGUGGUCAUUAUAUCCUCCACGUCACCGGCAUACUCAUGAUGCAGAGGGAAGAAAGAGCUCUGGAUAUUGCUCUAGAUGCUAUCCUGCAGCGUGUUAUUGAUAUCAAGAAUUCCUUACAAGAGCUUCUGGUCAAAGUCGAGCGAGAAGGAGAGCAAGCCGACUGGCCAUCGUACCUUAAUUCUUUCUCUGUCAUAUCUGCACAGAUAUACACUCUUAUGAAACUAUUGAAAAAUGAUAAGACGCCCAUUCUGCGGAACUACCUCACUCUUCCGCUGCAGUUGAAUGCCGAGUCUGAUGAAAAGUUGAUCAUGGCCACUGAAGGUAGAGUGCCAUCCUUCAGUCAUGACUUUGUGCCUAAUAUGCUACGAACAAAACCAGAGCCAGAUGUGGAACAAAGGCAUUUAGCACUGGAGGCCAAAAUGGCACAAGUCAAUGCGGAUACUGCACAGAAACAAAUCAAUGUCCACAAUAAAGUAGUGAAGCACGUAAUGGAUUUAGUGAAUACAGCUAGAGAGGAAUGGGAAACGGAAACGGCUUCACGCACCAGCCAACCUCAGACGUGUUCCAUCAAUGAGACACAAGCCUUAAUUGCAGCCUUAGGUACGGGCAAAGGCUUCAAAAUACGAACUCAACCACCAGGACCAUCACCCACUAUGCCACAACAACCCCCUCCUCAAAUAACAACAACAAACAAGGCAGUGAGUGCCGUCAAAACCAACAUCAAGGCAGCAACUGCAAUACACCCAUACAGUCGAUAGCUCCGACAACUGUAGCACUCUUUAAGAAGAAAGAUAUUUUAUUUCGUGUCAGGUUUUUGCAGUAAAUUUUUUUUUAAGUGUUUUAAAUUGAUUUAUAUUUCUUAGUAUUAUGAGUCAUGCAUAAAUGUGAUCUGAGCUUCCAUAACAUUGUACUGUACUGUAAUAAAUAAUCAAUUUGU